AAAGGCAGAGAUCGAGAUACUAUCCAACGUGCCGAAUUUACGGUUCGCGGAAACCUUCCAGAGGAAUUCUUCCGAAGACAAAUGGCUCUGUUCAACCGAAGCAUACGAUGUACUCUUGAAACGCACUCAUUUCCCAAACUCGUCGAACGCUUCGUCAUCGCUGGUUCAGACCAUUGGUUCUCCCUCUACCUUAUCUCGCGUUGCUCUCUCUGUUGGCUCGUCUACUCCUCCAAACUCACAUGGUCAAAAUUUGGCAGCGUCUCGAUUACCGGUCUUACGUUACUUGAACUCCAAGAUUUCACAGAUAAUGGUUUCUUCUCUGGCUCGCUCGCACCGCUUUGUCGCUUGAUACCGUCUCACUUGCCUACCUAUCUGGUAGAUUUCAUGGUCAACCUAUCGUUCACACCCUACGCAGAAAGCCAUGCUAUCUUCACACUGCUCAACACACUAAGACAUCACAUAUUCAAACUGGUGAAUAACCUGGAGGUGCCACAAGCAAAGAAGACCCAUUUUCGUGCUCUGCCUCAAGUGCUUUCUGAUGAGCAGUCAUUAGAAGAAGCGAUGUUGAUUGAUAAUGCGGAAACUCUUGCGUUCAAGUUGCCUGAGUCUUCGUUCACCAAGGCCGUUGUGGAUUCGUAUGGAGAUUGGAGAGUGUCAGCGCUGUAUACUGAUGCGCUGUCGGCUGGGGAAUUCUGCCGUUGUAUGGGGCUUCGCGGAACAUCCAACUGUCUUGAAGAUGUUUUGCUGGAAAAUAGACUCUUUGUGUCAUCUUGA